AAGUCGGUAAUGUGGGACUUCUUUGUGCUCUUGGCGGCCGUGAGAAUAGAACGGGCCCUCAGGGGACAGAACAUGUUCAACAAGAUCCGUUACAAGAAAAGAUUAAAACAAGAAAAGACAAAUUGAAAGGAUAGAGAUAGAUUCUCUCUGCUUUGCAUGCUUCUUUUCUUGUUUAAUUGAUUUAAAACAAGAAAACAAAUCAAGAUAUAUCCUUGCACUUUCCAUAUUUAAUUUAUUUUAAACAAGAAAAGACAACCCUUGUGCGUAAAUAGUUUUUUUUUUUUUUUUAAAUAAACUAUUUACACACACCUGCGCGUCUCUGUAUAAAGGCUUUAAUCAGGCGCUGUAAUCAAUUCCAAUCAUCAAGACAUCCAAACACAGAGCUGGCCUGAUCCGGACGGAUUAGGGAUUCCGGGACUUUAAAGGCAUCAGGGAACAUCUUUUGUUUUUGUUGCCCGGCUGGUUCCCGUUAGCGUAUAGCCGUUACGGUUUCACAGCAAGAAUAAAACAUGAGCAACCGUGAUUUUUUUUAUUCUUCACUCCGUUUUCAAAUCCGAUGUGUGUGCUGACAUUACCCGGAGCCAGCUUUGUGUGAAACGAAGCAGGGCGAACAAGAUGAGCUCAUACUUACAGCACGAGUGCUUUUCUUUAUGGAGCUGGAAAUACAAUGAAAUAACAUAAAUUAAAUGAUUCACGAGUGUGAGGUGGACUGAGUUCGGGGGCCCCUGAGUCCAGCUGCGUUCUGCGCUCGUGGCCUCCACGCACACUCUGAUUCUCUCAUGUUUGCUCCUGAUUUUCUCUUGUAGACUUUGAACUGUUUAACUAUUAAAAAGGCCUCGCCGUGAGGUGAGCUCCCUCGGUCUGGAACGAGUCCAGAAGGACGUGGGUCCCAACACCGGCUCUUCCAGGCUCUGGAAACGGGAGGCUCAGACCGUAUACUCAUGAUUUAUUCAACUCAAUCGCUUACACAGUCUGCGGAACACAACCGCCCCUGUUGAAGAUCGUCGAAACCGCCUGUUCCUUUGAGCCUCGCGGUAAAGAUCAGGGUUCGGCUGAAGCGUCCGAUUGCCUGUGGCGCAAAAGCGCGGCUCUUGCACGGCGGGGGAGGGGGGGGGGAGGAGGAGGAGGUGGAUCGGCGCUAGGACCGCGCGGCGCAGUGCGCAGAUCCCAGCAGCGGCAGCAGCAGCAGCAGGCUGUUCGUGGAGCGGCUGGCGGUGCUGCGGUUCAUCACCAGCAAGGCACCGGCCGCAGCUCAACUCCCCCCCUCUCCCAGCUUUGUGUCCUCGGCAGGCGAACCUGAACCCGUCGGGCUCGUGGCCGGAGCCCGCCAUAUGGGCUCAGGAUGCGCCGGAUACGGGCCAACGCCAUCGCGAUUCUGACCGUCGCGUGGAUCCUGGGAACGUUUUAUUAUCUGUGGCAGGACAACAAGCCGCAGACCUCCCCGUCCUCCGCGUCGCAGCCCCGCGCCGCGGGAGCGCGGAUCCACGGGCAGAAGGGGUCCUCCGGCCGGCUGGAGAUCCACCGCGAGGACCGGACCAUCCCGCUGAUCGUGACCCACCCCCCGCGGGCGGAGCAGCAGUUGCAGCUGAUGGGGGGCUUCGAAGAGAAGGCGUACCUGGCGGGGAAGCAGAUGAAGCCGGGUGAGGACCCCUACCGAGAACACGCCUUCAACCUGCAGGAGAGCAACCGGCUGGGCAGCGAGAGGGCUAUCAGAGACACCCGGCACUACAGGUGUGCCUCUGUGAACUACGACGCGGACCUGCCGCCCACCAGCGUGAUCAUCACCUUCCACAAUGAGGCCCGCUCCACCCUGCUGAGGACCAUCAAGAGUGUGCUGAUGAGAAGUCCAGCUUCAUUGGUGCAGGAGAUCAUCCUGAUAGACGACUUCAGCUCAGAUCCUGAAGACUGCCAGCUGCUCUCUCAGAUCCAGAAAGUUCACUGCCUCAGGAACGGCAGAAGAGAGGGUCUGAUCCGGUCCCGGGUGCGGGGGGCCAACGCGGCAUCGGCGCCCGUCCUCACCUUCCUGGACAGCCACUGUGAGGUGAACGCCGACUGGCUGCAGCCCAUGAUCCAGAGGGUCAAGGAGGUACGCUCACUUCCUGUUGGUCAGGGGUUGGUUCUGGGGACAGGACUC